AUGACUUUCUCACUGCAACUAAUCGUCCUGCUCCUUGUGGUAUACACAACAGGGGAGCAAAUAGAUGCUCCAAUCAUGGAAGGUGCAUCCAACGAGGAGAUUAACACCAACAAAAGAAGUGCUUUAAAUCUGGGGAUGAUGCUUUCAUCAAUGACCAAAUUAUCUCUCUUGGGAACCCUGAUCAACUACAACGGCUACGGCUGUUAUUGUGGGCUUGGCGGCUCGGGAACGCCUGUAGAUGACGUAGACAAGUGUUGCCAGAUACACGACCAGUGCUACGGCAAUAUAACUUACUGCUUUCCUCACGUCUCCAACUACGAUUUUUCCUGCAGUGGAACGACAUGCACAUGUGGACAAAACACCAUCUGUGGAAAGAAGUCGUGUCAGUGUGACCUUGACUUUUCUAAAUGUGUGGCCAGCAAAAAAUACAACCCUGCUUACAAGAGUUAUGACAAAAAGAACAAGUGCUAG